AUGAUUGGCAAGGGAUCUCGCAAACGAGCAAAGGCCAGCCCUUCUGGGGGAGACUCGCCGACGUCCCCCGCGUCUCCCACGUCCCCGAACAGUAAUGCUCCGGACAGCUCGAGCGCCCAAGUACAGAACCAGACGAGCUGGUAUCCCGGGUCUUGGCCGGCUAUCUCGCGCGCAUACAAGGCAGCACCAAUUACCGAGGUUGCCCGUGAGAGCAUAUCAGCGGCGCAAAACGUAGCCUCAAGCCUACUUGAACCCCCAUCUUCCUCCUCCCUUCAUUCAGCCCGUCCGAGUCGCCAUUCUUCGUUUCAGCUUACCCAAAAGUCUGGGACAUCCACCAGAUCUCUACCCGCCGGUGCCACCACAACUAAGGUGAACAUUGCGUCGGAUGGUUCAGCUUCUACAACAGCUUUAGAUACCCUGGAGCCACCGCGGAAACUGGCUGCGGACCCCCCGCACGAAGACUCAGGCGCGAAUUAUGGGCCGUCACAAACUGUAGUGGCAGACGAAGCGCGAGACAGCCAGAGCUCGCAGACUGGAGGUGAAACUCUUCAGGUCACGCAAGAACAAGCGACCCAGCCAAGUGGGUGGCUUUCGUGGAUAUACGGAAGCUCAUACGUCGAGAAGGAUAAUACUGCUACGAUAGAUGUUGCAACCAAGACAGAUCUCCAGCCCGCAGAUGAAACCACGAAACAGGCCAGCCCUCCUAUAACCGCGUGCGACGACAAGGGUGACAACGCUCCGCAGAGCCCCGACGAGAGUGGAACAUCAGAGGGGGAGAGGACUGCCGCCGAAACCGGGGGAAGAGCUCAAAAGCGCUCGUGGCUGCAGAUGUGGUAUGGCACAGCUUCGUCAAGCCAGCAAGAGCCGGAAAUCGCAGAAUCAAAUCCGCAGUCGGACUCACAUAAAACUACUCCAGAAUUUUUCGACUCCAACAUGGCCCCAAAGAGCCCAACCGAUCAAGCUGAGGACGCAAUGCCUCAAAAUAAAACCACAGCGAGUCCAGCGAAACCUUCAGGCUGGUCUUUCUGGUCCAGAGAUACCUCGCAAGAUACUACGACUGCAAAGAAAGUCCCAGAAGCGGAAGUUGUUGAAGCAACUAUAACUCCCAGCAACUCCAAUGAACCCACCUCAAUAUCCAAGGAAGACCUUCUUGUCAGUACGUCGAAAAAGGGAACACUGAAAAUCAAGCCAUCUCAUGAGAAGCGCCCCAGAGUUGAGAGCCUCGGUCCAACCGAAUCUCAAACGACAGACGUGGUCGCUGCGGACUCGAGACCAGCUGAAGGCGCAGCAUCGAAGCAACUGCAGAAAGUUCUACCUAACCAAGUCCUUCCUCAAUUCGAAGAUACUUACGCGAUCGAGGAGUCGCCGUCAUUACUGCAAUCCCUGGGCCGUUUGUUACACUACACUCAAAGCCAGCAGCAUGUCCAUAUGGCCCGAGUCAAAGAACCACCCCGCAUCAAACGGGCUCUGGCUAUUGGUGUACAUGGGUAUUUUCCAGCCCCAUUGAUCCGGAGUGUGCUAGGUCAACCUACCGGAACAUCGAUUCGCUUUUCGAAUAUGGCCGCCGAUGCCAUUCGUCGCUAUACGUCUAAUCGCGGCUAUUCCUGCGAAAUUGAGAAGAUUGCCCUGGAGGGCGAAGGUCGCAUUGCCGAGCGGGUUGAGCUCCUAUGGAAGCUACUCCUCAAUUGGAUGGAGGAAAUUCGAAAAGCCGACUUUAUACUGGUAGCUUGUCACAGCCAAGGCGUCCCUGUGUCCCUGAUGCUGGUUGCAAAGUUGAUCUCUUUUGGCUGUGUCAAUGCUUCUCGUGUCGGCGUUUGUGCAAUGGCGGGUGUAAAUCUGGGACCAUUCUCUUCUUACCGUUCGCGAUGGAUCAGUGGCUCCGCAGGUGAACUGUUCGAGUUUGAAUUACCGUCCAGCAAAGUCUCAAGAGAUUACGAAAUUGCGUUAAAACGUGUCCUUGAUUUCGGUGUUCGUAUAUCCUAUGUCGGCAGCAUCGACGACCAAUUAGUGUCAUUGGAAGUGAGUGCUUGCUCCCGCUCCUCAAAGACAGUCGUGCAACAGGACAAGGCUGACAUUCCUCUUUUCUAUCAGUCAUCACUCUUCUCUACCGUCACUCAUCCGUACAUCUACCGAUCGGUCUUUGUGGAUGGAAGGGUGCACGCUCCUAGUUUUCUAUCCCAUCUCGUCGGGUUUGCUCUCAAACUACGAAAUCUGGGAAUUUCCGAUCAUGGUCUCAUUCGAGAGCUGAGCAGCCCACUGGCAGGAAGUCUGUACACUGGCGAGGGACACUCCCGUCUGUAUGACGAAGAAGCAGUUUAUUAUAUGGCAAUUCAAUUUGCUCUAGAAACAACGUCAGUUCCGAGCGCCCAGCUGAGCGUCAAAAGAUCCAGCCCUGCCGUGUCCCCUAACCCAUACAUCCUACCAUUCGCCAUGCGUGGUCUACUCGAGGAGGAAUAUGUCAGGCGCGAGCUACAGGAGGAGACGAUGGAACUCCUGCACCAGUUUGACGAAUGGAAGCCUUCUACUAAAGUCCUCAAGGAUGUAAAGUUUCGACUUGAGGGCAUUCGCUCAAAGCUGUGA